AUAUAAGGUUUGUGAGAACAGCCCGCUCAUACUAACCGAAAUAACUGAAGCACAGCAGCACGCCGACACAUAUCAGCACCAGAAAAGAUUUUAAGAUGCCAACCAUACUGUCAUCUACAACAGAAAUAAAGAACAUGAACAAGGACGAUAAACCAGUCAAUCCCAUGAAACUAGCCAAGUGGCGGUUUUGUCGCCCGUUGACAGACAAACUGAACCCUAAUGAGUCCCUCCUGUGGUCCCAGUCACUGGAAAACCUCCUUAGAUCCAAAUACGGCAUGGCAACAUUCCACACCUUCCUCAAAUCUGAGUUCAGCGAUGAGAACAUCGAAUUUUGGCUGGUUUGCGAAGACUUCAAAAAAAUCAGAAGUUCGUCCAGACUGUGCUCAAGGGCCAAGAAGAUAUUUGAGCAUUACAUCCAGGCGGAAGCUCCCAAAGAGAUAAACAUCGACCAUGUCACCAGAGAUCUUAUCAAGCAGAACGUCCAAGCUCCCACUAGAGUGUGUUUCGAUGAAGCUCAGAGGAUUGUCUACGGUCUUAUGGAGAGGGAUUCCUAUCCCAGGUUUCUUCGCUCGGACAUAUACAGAUCGCUUCUGGAAUCAGUCUCACAUAGGAUUCAGGUCUGAGAACAUCCUUAAAUGAGGGACUUUAAGACUCCAAACGUAUCUGUGGGACUGUUGGUGCAAUGGGCAAGAUGGCCGUGGAGCAAUCAGGCUUUGUUGAGAUGCAGGCCUGGACUCGGGUUGCACCGGACAUUGAGAUCCACAUAAAAGCUUGAAUAAGCUAUUGUUGAUAUGUACUGUAUUACACUGUCUGACUGUUCUGCGUGGCUGUGGGAUACACAAAGACUGAUGAGCUUUCUGUACAGCUCACCUGUGAUGAACCACUGAAAAUGUGCUGCAACCACAGGAACAUAUGGACCUUAUUUAACUAUAUUACUUUGAAGCAUGUGAAAUCUGAUUAGCAUGAGAUGCUUUGGGAAUAAUACUAAUGACAUUUUAAAAACUAAGUCUUUAAUAUUAACUUAAAAUGAGCAACAACUAUUUUGUGUGACAUGAAAUGAUCUGUAAACAUGCCAUGUAAAAAUGCACCCGUUUUUGUGUCCUGUGGGGAACCUAUGCGAUAUUCUCACAGUUACACGCCUAGCAAUUUCAGUUUUUCAGGAGGUCAGCGAGUAAAAGCGUGUGGCUUGUGUUCCAUGGAUGCAUCAAAUUACCACUGAUUUCUGAAUGACAAAAUAUAUUUGCCGUUUAAUAACUUAACGAACACAACUGCAAAGAGGAAGUCAUUUCUUUGUGUUGUUGUUGUUUUAAAUUUGGGGAGGCCUAAAGAUGCAUUUGGAAGCCAAGAUUAAAGGUGCGACUGUCACUGCAUUAGAUAAAGAACUUAUCGAGCCAAGUGACAUUUCUUUUAAAGGAAGGAACACUUCUGCAGCAAAACUAUUUAACGAAAUUCUGUAUGUUAAGUUUGAAAUGAUGUUUGAAUGACAAUUGAUAUUCUGCUCACUGCAAAAAAUCAAGGUUGGCUGGAUGUUAAUUUUAAAGAGGCAUUUAAUAACUUAAUAAAUAAAAAUGCAAAAGGAAAGUAA